AGCGUGUGAACCUCAGAUCCUCUCCCGUCGUACCACCACCACUUCCCCCCACUAUUAUCAUCUUACUCGCCGAUUAGAUUCACCGAAUCAACGCAAUCUUCUCCUUCCCUUUCCUCUGAGUUCUUCAUGAUUUCCGGCUUCAUAAAGUCUUCUCUUUUAUUUCAUUUCUAGUCUAACUUUGCUUUCCAAUUUCGGAUUCCAAUGGCGCCUUUUGUUGAAGUCUGUAGGUAUAAACCUGUACCACUCUCAUUGCGCUCUCUCUGUACAUGUCCUUGCCGUUCCACUCCAAGAAAAUUUAUAAUUCUUCCCCAUCUCUCUGAAACUUUUUCGACUUUGCGUUUCGUCGAUUCCAAAUCAUCGUCUCAUUCUCGCUCUAUUGGGAUAUCUGUUAACCGGCGUGUUAUCACGGCCGUUGCUCGAGUUCAAUCAGAUCAGCUUGGUGAUGAUGGCAACUCAAAGGAUGAACACGAAAGAGAUCAAGGAUCGAAAAAUGUGGAAGAAGAUUCGAGUUUAGAUCAACAGAAGCAGAAAUCGAGAAGCCAGUUUAAGAAAAGAGUAGUUUUUGGUCUAGGGAUCGGAUUGUCUGUAGGAGGUGUUGUAUUAGCUGGAGGAUGGGUUUUCACAGCAGCAUUAGCAGUUGCAGUUCUUCUAAGUGCCCGAGAAUAUUUCGAGUUAGUGAGAAGUAAUGGAAUUGCUCAAGGGAUGACACCUCCUCCACGAUAUCUGUCUAGAGUCUGCUCAGUUAUAUGUGCUCUUAUGCCCAUACUUACCUUGUAUUUUGGCCAUAUAGAUAUCUCAGUGACAUCAGCAGCGUUUGUUGUUGCAAUGGCAUUGUUGCUACAGAGAGGAAACCCGCGUUUUUCUCAGCUGAGUAGUACUAUGUUUGGGCUGUUUUACUGUGGCUAUCUUCCUUGUUUUUGGGUUAAGCUACGUUGUGGUCUUACCGCUCCUGUUAUGAACACUGGAAUUGGAAGAGGCUGGCCAGUUCUCCUAGGUGGUCAAGCACAUUGGACAGUUGGACUUGUGGCGAUAUUGAUUUCAUUUUGCGGUAUAAUUGCCUCAGACACAUUUGCUUUUCUCGGUGGCAAGGCAUUUGGUAAGACUCCUCUUAUUAGCGUUAGUCCAAAGAAGACAUGGGAAGGAGCUGUUGCAGGACUUGUUGGUUGUAUUACCAUUACCAUUUUACUCUCCAAAUCUUUGUCAUGGCCUCAAUCUCUUUUCAGCACAACAGCUUUUGGUGUUCUUAACUUCUUCGGAUCGGUCUUUGGUGACUUAACUGAGUCAAUGAUCAAACGAGAUGCGGGUGUCAAAGACUCCGGUUCACUCAUCCCCGGACACGGUGGAAUAUUGGACAGAGUUGAUAGUUACAUAUUUACUGGUGCAUUAGCCUACUCCUUCGUAAGACUUCAUGGAGUUUGAUUCUGUGAUGAAACCCAUUAUUAGUUUCAAGAAAACUUACAAAAGCCGGUACGAGUUUUUUCCCUCCGCGAGAUUGAAAUUCAAAAGGAGAUAUAAUGAUGGUGAGGGAGGUAAGAGAUGAGCCUCCGGUUUCCUCUCCUUUUUAUUUUAUUUUUUUGACAUCUCCUGAAUUUCCAAUCGAUAUUUGAUUCUUUAAUGUAUCUCCCGUGAGCAUAAUUAUAACGAUUCCACGAGGGAAAAGGAUAAUUACUCCUCACAGGGCCAAGAAAGAAAAGUGACCUAGAGUUCUUGUGUAAGAUCUGUAGUAGAAUUGAUUUGAUGUAUAAAAUUCAUCAAAUCUCACACAAGUUUCAAGCUUGGAGUAAACAUAUGUUCUCCUUCUUCACUGCUCUCUAAAGCUAUCGAUGUAAUGAACAAUGUCUUCGUAUUCAUUCCCA